AUGAAUGUCCCACAUAAAGUUAAGAUCUUUAUUAAAGAUAUAGUACCCACUAAGGUUAAGCUAAACAGAUAUAAGAAAGACAUUACACCCAUCUGUUCUAGAUGUACACAGGCAGAGGAAACCUUAAAUCAUUUACUUAUUGAAUGUCAUCACUCAAGAGCAGUCUGGUUUGGAAUGAAUGUUAAUGUUUCAUCUUUACAAGAUCAACAUAUUCAAGUUAAAGAAUGGAUUCUUUCUUGGUUCUCCCAGACUACUGGAAGUGCACAAGUUUCAAAUAACUGGACAGCAACAAUAAUGAUUACUGCAUGGUUUGUGUGGAAAAAUAGAUGUCUUAAGGAAUUCGAAAACAAAAAUCAAAAUCUUCACUCGACAAUUUACUCCAUUAAUAAUUUGUUGAAACUAUUUAUAGAUGGAAACCUUCAUGGUUCAAAACCAUCUGCUGCUUGUUGGAUACCACCUAAUUCUGAUGUGCUUAAGCUGAAUAUUGAUGCUUCGUUUGAUCAUACUUCUACUUGUGUUGGUGUUGGCUUAAUAAUUCGUAACUCUACAGGUACCUGUGAAGGGAUCAGAGGACGAUUCUUCAAUGGAGGAGUAGAUCCUGAACAUGCAGAAUGCCUGGCCUUUCAAGAAGCUAUCUAUUGA